AUGGGAAGCUUCAUCCUUUCCUGUCUCAUUUAGCUUAUCUUUGGCACUCUUUACCCUGCAUAUUAUUCGUACAAAGCCGUGAAAUCAAAGGACAUCAAAGAAUAUGUCAAAUGGAUGAUGUACUGGAUCAUAUUCGCGCUCUUCACGACAGCAGAGACUUUCACGGAUAUCUUUCUUUGCUGGUUUCCAUUCUACUAUGAACUCAAAAUAGCUUUUGUAGCUUGGCUGCUGUCUCCAUACACAAAAGGCUCCAGCCUCCUGUACAGGAAAUUUGUUCAUCCAACACUGUCUUCAAAAGAAAAGGAGAUCGAUGACUGCCUUGUCCAGGCCAAAGACAGGAGCUACGAUGCCCUGGUGCACUUUGGGAAGCGGGGGCUGAACGUCGCGGCCACAGCAGCUGUCAUGGCAGCUUCAAAGGUCUCUCAGCUACUUCAUUUACACUGGUAUUUGGACCAGAAAAAAGGGCAGGGUCAGGGGGCCCUGUCUGAGAGACUAAGGAGCUUUAGCAUGCAGGAUCUCUCAUCAAUUCGUGGAGACAGCAGCAGCACUGUUCCUCCUUCGGUCACUGUACGGACAAGUAGCAAACAGAGCCAGCCAAAAACAUCCAGAAGUGCAUCGGAAGGCACUGGCAGCUCAGGCACCGCCUAGGACCCUUAGACCUCGCUUCAGGAAGAAAAGUACCUCGUCCUCUGCCACUGAAACAAUGUGAGUGCAAUGAGCCAAUAGCACCAAGAUCCACAGAAUGUCUCUCUUCUGCCUUAAAGAGCUACUUGUUACUAAUGUAGGAAACAGCAGCGGGAUGGAUGUGCUUUGAUGUACAGCAUGGUAGACAUGGCCUUUCUGUCUCCUCUCUCUGUAUUCUCCUGUUACACCCCUCUGGCCUUUGUCCGUGAUGUGGGUAGGACAGUCUGGCAGACACCUGCAAGUUUAGAGUCCUUGUUUGGUUUGCAGAGUGUGCACCCACUCAUGCUAAUCCCAUAAAGCUGUACCUUUACAAUUCUUAUUUGUGUCUGCAUAGCUCUGUGAAUGCACAGCAGAAACAAAAAAUAAUCAGUUGCUCAUGAUGAUACAUUGACAGUGUAUUUAUUUAUGACUUUAUCAUUAAUGAAGUGGAUUUGCAGAAGCCACGGAUUUCUCUUCUCUCCUUUCCUCCUCAAGACUGUGAAUGAUGUAACAAAUGUCAAAGUACUUUGUACAAAAUGUCCAGGAUUCAUUCGUGAAAGCUGAGCUACAACU